UUAUGAUGAAAAUUAAUUUUUUUUUUUAAUUUUAGGUGAGUUCAUGUGGAAAAAAUCUUCAUGUUUCUGAAUACGGUAUUGUAUCCUAGUUAAAACUAACUUGAAGAAUUUUCUGAAAAAGGGAAUUUUUCAAAUCAUGCCAUCUGAUCAGAGACAGUUACUUUUUGAUGAAAAACCAGCUACUUUUCAAAAGGAUUAUGAUGUGACAAAUGAGAUAGUGGAUACUACCAAAUCAAUACCUAAGCCAAACUUUUCAGAAAGUAAUUCUCAUUUUGGACUGAAGAAUGUGAAAAUUCAUUUGCCGAGGAUAAAUAUUCCAAAUAAAGUCCUGUUGAAACAUGACAUUGACAAAUACAGAAAGUUAUUUCAGAGUAAAUCACAAACGGCAAGAAAAACUGCAAGAAAAUCUACAGGCUUGAAGACUGUAAGAUGUGCAGAAGAGUGUAUUUUGCUUAACAAGUCUGAGGAAGCUGAAGAAGAGAAUGUCAAAAUGACUGCAAAAAUACUCAAUUUCAGCUGUUCAAAAUGUCAAGAUAGCACUCAGUACAGCCCAAAUGACUUGCAGAAACACUUUCAAAUGUGGCACCAAGGUGAAUUGCCUUCCUAUCCUUGUGAAAUGUGCAGUUUUUCAGCAAAUGACUUCCAGGUCUUUAAACAACACAGGAGAACCCAUAGGAGCACUUUAGUAAAAUGUGAAAUUUGUAACAAUGAGAAUUUGUACACGUUAUUGGACUUGACAAAGCAUUUCACAUCUACACAUUGUGUGAAUGGUAGCUUUCAAUGUGAAAAGUGCAAAUUCUCUACGCAGGAUGUGGGCACAUUUGUUCAACACAUUCAUAGACACAAUGAAAUCCGUUAUAAAUGUGACAAAUGCCAUCAUGUGUGCUUUACCAAAGGAGAGCUUCAGAAACACCUUCAUCUUCACUCUGGCACUUUCCCCUAUGCUUGUCAGUGUUGCAGUUCCGGUACCAGCAGGAGAGAAUACCUUAUAACUUUGCACCAAGAACAUUUAUAUGCAAAAGAAAAAUUGGAAAAAGACAAAUAUGAAAAAAGGGUGUCUAAGACUUCAGCUGGGCUUAAGCUAAUUUUGAAAAGAUACAAAAUAGGUGCAUCCAGGAAAACAUUAUGGAAACGUAAGAAAAUUAACAAUGAAGGUGACAGAAGUAGAGAAAAAAACACUCAGGUGCUUACUAAAAUGAACGGAACACAAACUACAUCUGAAAAUCACAGCCGUCUUGCUCAAGAGCGUUUGGAUGCCGUCAGCGAUGAAAGACCACCAUGUGAGAAUGGUAAACCCACCGAGUUAGAGUCAGCGAAGCCAGCUCUGCUGUCCACUGGGCAGUGUCAGAGGACUGAAGAGGGGGCACAUGCUACUUUAGGUUUCUUGAAGUCUGCUGUACAAGGACCUACAUUGUUAAUGGUGAAAAACAAUAAAAUAACAGUUCCUGCUAACUUUAAUGCCAAGUUUAUGGGUUUCAAGAUGGUAGAUGGAAAGCAGCAUAUUGUAAUAAAACUGUUGCCUACCAAUAAACAGAAUUUGUGUUCCCCGGGCUUACAGAUGGAUGCUGCAAAGGACAGUAGUGCUAAUUUGCAGCCUCAAAGUUUGGACACUCCUGGUUUUUCAACAGGAAUGACAGCAGAGUUAAGUGACACAGUUAUGAAACCAACUCCAAUUUCAGGAAACACAACUUCAGAAAAAGAAAUGGCUUUUGUAUCUCAAAGAAAUAACAUGCUUCCAACAGUGGAUUUUGAAAAAAAUGUGUCUUCCUCACCAGCAACAUCCGAAUUGGUUACAGAUUCAGUGAAUUUGACCAUGAAAGCUGAAACAAGAGAUCAUGUUAUGUGGGAAAACCCUGUCACUCAAAGUCACUCAGAAGCGUUAGAUACUCCCAUUAAAAGUCCAGAUAAAAGCAACUGUACUGCCAAACCAAAUGCAUACAACAAUGGAGAUAUGCAUAACUACUGCAUUAAUCAUGUCAAUCCUGAGUUAACUGUUGAAUCCGCCAACCAAGGAUCAUUGCCUUUUCAUAAUUACUCCAAAGUAAAUAACUCUAAACCUCGUAGGUUUUCUGGAAUGGUAAUGUUUGAAAACCCUCAAAAAGAAUCUUUCUCAAACAAUACAGUUGUUCAACAGCCAAUUAGUGAAUCAGUUUUAUCACUAGUGAGGAAGGAGAGUUUAAAGGCAGAUGGUUUUUUACCAUCUGUUAUCCUUUUGAAUGGUAAAGAUGGGACUUCAAAAACAAAAGCCGAAAUUGAGGAUGAGUGUGUUUUAGAAAAAGUGCAAGCCAGUAGUGGACAAAACCAGUACACUAAUGAAGAUCGGAAUGUAGAGAGUACGACUGAGCAUUCCCAAUGGGAAGAUACUUCUAAUGCGGAGUCACCUAUGAUGCCUAGAAUCACAUCUGUUUUCUCUCUCCAGAGCCAGCAGGCAUCAGAAUUUUUACCCCCUGAAGUAAAUCAGUUACUUCAAGAUGAAUUAAAAGCAAAACCAGAUUUGAAACAAGAUCCUAAUUUCACAAACACAAGCCCAUCACAUCAUUGCGACCCGUUAUUUCAGAAACUUGAGGGAGAUGACAAGCUAGUUGAAUCUUCAAAUGACUUCAAACUACAAGAUGUGCUCACGGCUCCGCCUGAGAAUGUGGAUACUAAUGUGCCUGCAAAUGACCUGAACGUGAAGUGGAAUGGAAUGGAAAAGCCAGGGUUAUCGAUGUCCCAGGAUUCGAGAGAGUCAGAGAAGAUGCCUAGAAUUUCAAGUAUUGGCACGUUACUUAAGACUCAGUCAGAUGCAAUAAUAACACAGCAGCUUGUAAAAGACAAACUGCGAGCCACUACACAAAAUGCGAGUUCUUUAUGUAUGCAGAGCCCACUUCUAAACUCAGAACAAAAGAAGGCUGUAUUUGUUCAGACUCCAAAAGGCUUGUUUAUACCAUUGCAUGUUGCUAGCAAGCCUGGGUUACACAUUCUAUCAGGAAGAUCACUUCCACUGGUUAAUACACAAAAUGUACCUGCUUCUCUCCUUUUAAACAAGAAAUCUGGAAUGGUUUUAACACUGAAUAGUGGGAAAUUUGAAGGAAUUCCCACCGUCAAAACUGAGAAGACUCAGGCUUGUGGAACUUUGACAAAGGAGCCUUGCAAAACACCUCUGUUAAAGGUAGAACAAAACAGUAACUGUCUUACACCUGCACUUUGUUCCAGCAUUGGCAGUUGCUUAAGUAUGAAAAGUAGCUCAGAAAAUACUCUGAAAGGUCCUUAUGUUAUUAAAACACCAGCAAAUUCUUCAGUGAAAGCUGUUCCUGUUCCUAAUGGAGUAACUGAGCAUCAAGGAACAAAAUUGACCAUCUUGGAUCCUGUAAAACAGAGUGAGAUUUUUCCAAAACAACCUGUUUAUACACUCUUGCCUGAUGGCAAACAAGCUGUUUUUUUAAAGUGUGUGAUGCCAAAUAAAACUGAGCUACUGAAGCCGAAGUUAAUCCAAAAUAGUACUUACUAUCAAAAUAUACAGCCAAAGAAACCCGAAGGAACAUCACAAAAGAUACUGCUGAAGAUUUUUAACCCUGUUUUAAAUGUGACUGCUGCUAGUAAUCUGAAAGCGAGUAACUCUGCAGCCUCAUUGCAAAAAGGCAGUGUAUCAUCUGCUCAGACUAUAGGAGGGGAGCAGAAAGAGCCAGAGUCUUCUAGAGAUGCCUUACCCCUCUUAGUAGAUGAUUUGAUGCCAGCAAAUGAAAUUGUGGUAACUUCUGAGGAACCAGUAUGUGUCAGCAGUUCUCCAGAGGCCAGAGCAUUAAGAUACAAAACAAAGUAUGCAAGUAGGAGAAGCUUCAGUCGGAGGAAGACUUCCAAAACAAAUUUCUCAGAAAUAAAAACUGUGAAUAGUAAAGAUUCUGAAACUGCCUUUGUAUCCAGAAACAGAAACUGUAAACGAAAAUGUAGGGAUAGUUGCCUGGAACCUGCAAGAAAAAAGUCAACACUCCAUCGAAAAUGUAAAGAAAAGACUAAAGCUGAAGGUGUGCAUGAGUCACUGGGACUUACCAGACCUAGGCUUCCAAAAGAUUCUGUGAGAAUUUUGCGACUUUCCCCUUUUAGUUCCAAACAGCUUGUGAAAUGUCCUAGGAGAAACCAGCCGGUUGUAGUUUUGAAUCAUCCUGAUGCAGACGCACCAGAAGUAGCCAAUGUAAUGAAAACUGUUGCUAAAUUUAAUGGACAUGUAGUUAAGGUGUCAUUGUCAAAAAGAACUAUUGAUGCUUUACUUAAACCAGUUUGUUGUAGUCCUUCUAGAUUAACUGAUGAUGACUCUUUCAGGAGGCACAAGACAUGUAAACCUGUUAGUUUGGUAAAAGAGAGAUUUGUGCUAAAAUUAACACUCAAAAAGACAAGCAAAAAUAAUUACCAGAUUGUAAAAACUACCUCGGAGAAUGUUCUGAAGGCUAGAUUUAGCUGUUGGUUUUGUGGCAGAGUGUUUGACAAUCAGGAUGCUUGGGCUGGUCAUGGGCAGAGACAUUUAAUGGAAGCUACUCGGGACUGGAACAUGUUAGAAGAAAAGUAAAAGUACCUUACAAGAUAACAGUGGGUUGAAUUACUACAGUGCAGGCAUUUUCUACUUUAAUGUAAUACCCGGAUUUAAGGGUUUUGGAAGUUGGUUAUGUUUCUGUGGAAGUCGAAAGUUUUUGUCUGAUACUUGAAAAUGUUGUCACUGCGCACAUAUAUUUUAAGACACUGAUCCUAGCAGAGAUGGACUUUGAUCCAGUUUCUCAAAGAGGUAUUCUUGCAAGUUAGGGCUAAAGAAAGGUUUGAUGAAGGUUUUCUCAGCUUAGGUGUUCAGUGACUUUCAGUAGAGGGUUAUGGCUGACAGCCCCAUGCCCUCUGUUCCUCCACCAGCCUUACAAUCUGAUGAAUAAUGCUCCUCUGAAGAUGCAGAGCUCUUUCAGGAUGGAACUGAGAGAGUAUCUCAUCAUUUGUGAAAAUGGAAAGCUUAGGUAAAGAACUUUCACUAUGUUAUGUUUGCUAACUUCAGUUCUGUUGAAGGAUCUUAGAUUCCUUUGAAAGUACAUUUAAUUCACUAUGAUUGUAUCUUGCUUGAGAAGUACGUAACAAAUCAGACUUUUUUCUUGUUAAAAUGUAAUCCAUGUCAGAGACUAAAGCACUCUCCCAAGGUGAUUUUCUAAAUGACUGUGUCAAGCUUUGCAGUACAUUUUUAGCCCAGAAGAAUUAAGUUCUGUCUACUUUGAAGUCCAGUUCAAGUCAUCAACAUUUUUCUGAAUUUUAUUAUAUUUUCCAGUGAUCCCCUUAACAGAACUAUGCAUAUUUGAUUUCAGUUGUUUCCCAUAAACCCAAUGUUAUUUAAGUUGAUCCCCAUAGAAUCAUUGUGUAUUUCUUUUUGCC